AUGCCGAAGACUGAAACGCUAGAGCCAGCCCGCCCAAAGUGCCGCAAAAACAACGGCAAGCCCAAAUGCGUGAGUCUCGGGACAGGCGCAGCGGGCUCCACACGACUGAAGCUCCUUGAAGGUGCAAAGCUCCCCAAGUGGACAAGCCUUGGAACAAGCACCACGGGGCUUAUGCGAGCGGAGGAGUGUGGGGACGUUGACAAGCCAAGGGAGAUGGAGUUCGGAACGAAGGGUGCAGCUCCCGUUCUUGCAAGACUUCGCACGAGCACCGACGAGCCUGUCCUUGCAUCGGACAGGGGCAAGAUCGAGGACCCUGGCCAAACCAUCCCGGAAGCCGGUGCGGCACUGCCACAGCAAGCAGGCAUUCGCAAGAAAACUGACGACCCCAGGUGCUGCUCCCUAAACACGGAAAUGGGCAGGUCGAGUCUCGCAAGGCUCCGGGGUGGAAGGAAAGAUCCCAUCGAAGAAGCACCUGAAGCCAGCAAAAGCAAGUCUGGACGGGAAAUGCCGGACACCGAGGCACUCAGUUCUGCUUGGGCAGAUUGUCGCAAUGACAGCAAGAAGCCUAGACCAGCGAAGCCACAAGCGAGCAAAGCGGAGUUCGUGCGGCUGAGAGAGCGCAGUGAUGCUGAUGAUCCCAUCACUGCAAGCUCAGGCAGAAACAGGACCAAGUCUGAUCGAGCGUGGCUGUGGAAAGGCAGCACGGGCACAGCAGAGCCGAACUUCACAAGUUCAAGGGCCAAUGCCGGGAAUCCCGGACGGGCCGUGGACUGCAAGGGCAAGGACGGGUCCAAUUGCACCUUGUCCACCACCAAGGGAGAGGACACGGACCCUGUCCUGACUAGCCCGAAAGCCAAUACUGACAAGCCCGUCCAGCCGGAGCUGCGCAAGAACAUCGACAAGCCGGGUUCCCCACACCUAGAAACCGGCACUGCUGGACCAGUGCAUCCAGAGCUUCGAGGGGACACGAGCGACUCCAGGUGGGAUGCGCCACACACGGACAAUGUUGCUUCCGAACAAACUGUGCCCGGCAUCGGCGCAGCACUUCCUGCGUGGCACGACCCCCUCAGUAGCAGCGAAGAGCCAGUUCGAAGAAUCCGAAACGAACAGUGCAAGACCGAGGACGGCCGUGCCAAAGAUGGGCAGCAGGAGACCACCGCGCAAGUGAUGAACCAGCGUGCGAGAAGCCAAGUGCGAAUGCUGCAGAGUCGAGUCGAGCAAAGGAACAUGAAGGAUCCCGGAGCAGCAAAGCUCAACACCAGAGCAGCCAUAUCUGCAUGCGAGGAGCUACGAAGCGAAAGCGACGGACCAGGCGUUGCAGUGCUAGCCACAGGCUCGGCUACGCGAGGCUUCGCAAAGGAGUCGAAGGGCCCGAAUGACCUUCGGCGAGGACCAACACUGGAGCUUCAAGGCACGAGCGCUGCAGAGCCUGACCUUGAGAGGCUGUGCAGAGACAGGCUUGGACCAGGCGACGAAGAUCCCGGCGACGUAGCGCGCAAGGCGAAGACUGAAGCGCCUGGCCUGGCAGGGCUCCGUGGAAGCGACACGCUACCCGGGCACACCCUCUCCACUACAGGUGAGCGAGGAAACGAGGCGGAGCCCAGGUUGGUGCUGGACAGGGCUGGAAGGAGGACAUCUGAGCGGCCUACGCCAGAGGUAGACACACCGAGAUCAAGUUGUGCAAAGCUCCUGGGCAACGCGGACGAUUCCAACUCCGCAGAACGCGGGACUGGCGCAGCUGGGCCCAAGCAAGCACAGGUGCAGCGGGGCCGGUGCGUGAGGGGCUUCGAAGGAACGGUGCAAAUCCCAUAUGCGCACAGCCCAGGACCGCAAGAAGGGGGCCUGACCUGGAGAGACCACAAGCAGAGGCUCCGAAGCGACGAAAGAAAUCCCGAUUGCACUUUGUCAGCUGCGGACGACGAGAACACGGGUCCAACUCUGGAAAUGCCCCAGGGCACUGACGGAGUGGGGCCAGUGCAGGCGAGGCUCCUUGAGGAUGUCAAGCUGCCCGGAGACAAGAAGUCCGCAACCAACGGCGACGGGCCCGGGCGCGCCAUGGCCCUCGCCGAGGCGGAGGAUCCGAGUUGGAGGAGGCCCGAGGCCGACGGUGGGGAGACCGACCCCACCCUGGUGACUGGAAGCACAAACGAAGAAGGCUGGCCCCACGCGAGCAAAGGCCUAGCUGAGCAGGUCCUCUCAAUGGCGGCGGCGGCCCAGAGCUACUGCAAGCCGGAACGAAUGUUGCUGGGCCAAGGCGGGCAGGUCGACUCUGGCCGAAGAGCGCAACAGUGGCAGAAAGCCAAGCUGAGCCCUGUCCACGACCAGCAGAAAGAAGACCGACCCGACACGCGAGAUGCCAAAGAUCAAGGUCGCCCAAAGGAUCUUAGCGACAACACAGACCCCGGGCCAGUCGCGCCGGAGACUGACACGGGAAGUCCUAGUCAAGCUGCGCUUCGCGGAAACAAGAAGGAGCCCAAAUGGGCACAGUCAACUGCCGACAAAGCGAACACUGGCCCAGCUCGCGCCAGGCCGGAUGUGAAGGCAGUCGGACCCACACGAGAAAGUGCAUGCAAGGGCACGAAAGAGCCGGAGUCCGAGAAACGCGAGACGGAUGACGCGAAGCCCAGGCAGGUGGGUGAUCGCAAGGACAGCGGACUUCCAAGCACCGCCUUGCCGAGCACGAGAAGCAGAACUCCCGGGCACGCAGCACCGGAAGCCAGCGCAGCGCUACCCGAACAGGCAGACAUCCGCAUGAACGUAGAGAAUCCAGUGCGCGCGAAUUGGCACGCUGGCAGGAAGCUGCCAACGCAUGCAGAGCUUCGGGCGAAAAGCGAAAAGCCCGGAUUGCUUGUGGCUGCGGCAGAUAGCAGGAACACGAAGCCGGCACGAGCCAGUCCUGUUGCAGACACGCCGAAGGAAGGGCUGCCGGUCGAGAAACUCCGCAAACCACAACAGCGGCAUCUGCCCAAGCAGGGCUUCGCGGAGGCAAGGAACUGCCAAGGUGACUGGGCUUCAUUGCCAGCAGAACUGCUCCCGCUCGGACGAAUGAAUGUAGUGACGGGGAUGGUCCCGAAGUCGUGCUCUCAGUCACAGAAGGAGAGGAUACGAAGCCACAGCAUCCCAGACCAGACGGAGGAAUCAUGGGCUCAAGACGAGAAUGGCUACGAAGAGGUAGAGCAAGACCAGGCUGCAAGAAGUCAAGAGCUAAUGACAUUGAGCCGACUCUGCUGGAUGACCGUGACAACAAGAAGGCGUCAGGUUGUGCGGUGCUCGCCACCGGCAGAAAGGCUACGGAGCGACAAGAAGACACCUGAAUGUGCGCUGCCUGACACCGACAGCAAGACUUCCAUUCGUGCAAGGCCGCAUGCGGACACCGAGCUGCUGAUGUGUGCAAGAGUUCUUGGAGACAAAGCCAAGCCUGCAGAGCUACAGAAAAGCGCGAGCACAAAGAAGCCUGUCUUGCUGAAGCUUCUGAUGGACAGUGUGGGACCUGGAUUGGCAUUUCCAGGCGCCAACAGCGAGGACACGAAGCCAGCACGAACCAGUCCCACCAUCGACGACAGUAGGACCGACACCGCGGAGCCCGUGCAGGCAGAGCUUCUCAGCAGCGAGGCCGUGCCCGGACAUGUCGCGUCAGCUGCGGGCAGCAGGAAAACGGAGCCCGUUCGAGCCAAGCCAACCAAGGGGACGCUGAAACCGGAACGGCUGGGAUGUUGUGGUGGCGGUGAGAAACCACAGGUCGCGAGAUUUGGAACCGGCAAGGCAGGUCCUGCCCGGCUGAAAGACCGCAAAGGAAGCGGGGAACCGGCACCGGAGCUGCCAGGAACUGGCAAGGAUGCUCCCAACCAAGACAUGCCAGAUGCAGGUAACGCAAAGUCCAUUCGCACAUGGCUGCGCACAAAGAGUGAGGAGUGGUGGCAUGGAGCCACACCUCACAAGGCCUCUGAUCAGGAGCAAAGCGGCUUGAUCCCAUCGGCAAGGAGUGUCAGCAAGCCCAGGACCCGGCACGGCUCAGGCUUCGAAGCAGCGUUAAGGGACCCGGAUGUGAGAAGCCCGAAGCAAAAGCUGCCGAGUCGAGCCUUCCGGAACUUUGCAUUGGAAGACUUGGUCCGAAGUGCAAAUACCCAGGAGCCAACACGGCCGAGCUUAGUCGUGCAAGGCUUCGUGGUGGCAGCAAUGGCUCUAGUGCGCCCGGAGCUGCGAAGAAGUGAUGGCAACCCUGACCUUGCAGCACAAAAGGCAAUCGGAAAGGCUAGUGUUGAGAAGCCAAGGCGAGAAAGGUGCCUUGCGAACAGGGACGAGCCCAUUGCGAGGGUCCUGAGUGGGCAAGCCUCAGAGCUGGCGCUGCACUUCCAAGUCUACCCAGACUUUGCGGUGGAAGGAAUGUGCCAAGGUGUGGACACGGCUGAGCCAGGUUUGGAGAGGCUUCGCAAGAACGUGCUAAAGCCAGGAGACCGGAGAAGCAUCAAGGAGCCUGGCAACCCACAGCCCGGCGCCGAGGCCAAGGAACCCAAGCGCGCCGCCCCGGAGACCGGCACCGGCCGAAGGUACAAAGCCCAGACGGGAAACGGAGCGGAGGGGAAGCGAAGGUCUCGGCAAUGGGAAGUCAAGCUUGAGAUAAUCAAGCGCGGACUUGGUGGGCCAAGCUACACCAGUCAGGUCUACGCUUUCCAUAUCAUGAGUUGGAGUGGCGAAGCCCAAGCGAGCCAUGGAUCUGAAGGCCUGCAGCAGAAGCUGCCAGAUCCAGUUGUGAAAGUGUUCGAGGCGACAUGGGAAAGCCUGGGCUGCCAAAGGUCCAGAACAAACAUGAAGAAGACAGAGUCAACUCGGGCGAUGCCGGCGGCUGGAGCUGAAAGACCAAGAUGUGCCACAGCUCGCAUUGACACGGACGAGUCGACUGACGUGAACCUCGAGACCAAAACACUGGAGCCUAGUCUGCCAGAGGAUCGCGGCGACAAGAGGGCGCUCAAGGAUGACCAGUCUGACGUUGACGAAGACGAGCCCGAAGCUGCUUUCCCCAUCACGGACAUGAAGAAGCCCAGUUGCAAGAAGCUGCGUGAUGACAGCGACGGAUCUAGACCGGGCACCGACACGAAGAACUCUGGACAUGCCGAGCUUCGUGGAGGCAACAGCGGCCCCGGCUCUGCCAUGGCAACCACCGGCAGCGAGGAGACCAAGCCAGCGCGCGUUAGGCAGCAGCUUCCGUGCGCGCGGGGGAAUGUGGAAGCGGCAGCAGACCCGACUUAG